AUGUAUUUUAAGUUACUUUUGAUUUCUUUGUCUACAAUAGGCGUCCUAUCUCACACACCAAUAAAUAGUUCCGAUUUAAUAGUCACGUAUGAAGGACACAGUGAAGUGGAGAACGCUAAACCCGUGUCUCUUGCAAAGCACGAUACGCCAGAAACAGGUGUUGGUAAUGAAAUGUUCAAAGUUGAACCGAAACUCACCAAACCUGUUGUCACGGACACAACAGAAGCAUAUUUGGAAGCUAAAGAGGAUGUUGUAUUCAUACCUAAUGAAAAACCGGUGCAGCGAAAUGAAGAUUACUUAUAUGAUAGAGAAGAAGUCAAAAUGAAAGAUUUGUUAACGAGUCGUGUUAGUGAUGUUCUCAGUGACAAGAAAGUUAGUGUGGAGACCGAGGCUCCAUCUAAGGAUGUUGUAUUCAUAUCAGGCAAAAACCAAGAAUAUGAUGCAAAAGAUAACACAAAUAAAUCAGAUAGGAAGCAUAGGAAAGAACAACCUGAAAUUGUACCAGAAACGAGGGAGACAUUCAAAACGAUCAACUGCUCGAACCUUGACUGUAAUAUUACACAAGAUCCCGUUUGUGGAGGAAAAUUAGAACAGAACAAAUGGAAAUAUAGGCUAUUCUUAAAUGAGUGCUUCUUUAGGAAAGUAAAUUGCGCUUUCAGAUAUCGUGAAAACAGAUAUAAACAAGUACCUGCGGAAAAAUGCAAUAAUGUCGGAGCACAAUACUCCGAAAGACCUUUCGUGUACAUACCUCAUCCUCUACCAACUCCUAAGCCUGCUAUCGUGCGAAAUGAACGGAGGAGUUUCUCUUCUCGGAGGUCAAUGAGUAUGGGCUCUGAUGGCCAGUUCUGCUCCCACGCGUGUCCGGCAAGCUGCACGGACGACUACGAGCCGCAGUGCGGCAUCUCCGCGACCGGACAGAAACGUGUGUUCCUCAACCAUUGCAAACUGGAUUUCAAUUCCUGUUUCUACAGAGUUGUGUGGCAUGUGCGACCGUUAUCGUGGUGCGUCGGAGGCCAGAUGGCGGAUAUGCGACAGAACAGAGGUUUCAUAGCGUGGCUGCAACGUGUCGGAAUCGUUGAUAAGAAAGGGAAGCUCGUGCUACACUGA